AUGGCGCAAUCUCCGUUGGUGUGCAAAGAAGCUGGAUUUGGUACAAGUCUUUUUGGGAGAUUGGUUAUGCUAAAAUUCGAAAAACAUUUGCUGAAUAUACAGUAUCGCAUGAAUCCCUGUAUCAGCUUGUUUCCAAAUGCUCAGUUUUAUGAGAGGAAGAUUUUAGAUGGCUCCAAUGUGCUGUCUCCUAGCUAUAAUAAGGAUUACACAUCCCUCCCAUUUGGCAGCUACACGUUUAUAGAUGUCAGGGAUGGAAGGGAAGACAAAGAGGGCGCAGGAAACAGUCGAAGAAACAUGGUUGAAGUUGCUGUUGUUCUACAUCUGGUUCAAACGAUCUUUAGAUGUUGGAAAAGUACAGGCCAAAGGCUCAGCGUUGGUGUGGUUUCUCCAUAUAGUUCUCAAGUUGAUACAAUAAAAGGUAGACUUGGCAAAAAAUAUGACAAAUGUGAUGGCUUUGAUGUGCGCGUCAAGAGCAUUGAUGGUUUCCAAGGAGAAGAGGAUGAUGUAAUAAUACUAUCAACUGUUAGAUCCAAUGGCAAAGGAGUUGUUGGAUUUCUUGCUGAUAACCAAAGAACAAAUGUUGCUCUUACCAGAGCGAAGCACUGUCUUUGGAUUGUUGGGAAUGCUGAUACUCUGUACAAAAGUGGGACUGUCUGGACAGACCUUGUUGCUGAUGCUCGAAGACGUAAUUGUGUUUUCAAUGCCACCGAUGAUGCGACCAUAUAUAAGUUGGUUUUGCAAGUAAAGCAAGAGCUUGAUCAACUUGACGAUCUUCUUAAUGCUGAUUCAGCCGUUUUCAGCAAUACCAGAUGGAAGGUCAUUGUUAGCGAUGAGUUUAGAAAGUCCUUCACCAAGCUAAAAUCAUCACAGCUCAGGAGGGAAAUACUCCAAAAGCUUAUCAAACUUGGCGGUGGUUGGAGGACAACUGUUAGGAACUUAGAUAUGCCUGGUGUUUCCAAUCUUGCAAAAGUUUACAAGAUCAGGGAACUUCAUCUUAUUUGGAGUACCGACGUGGAGAAGAGUGAAAACAGGUAUUUCCAGAUGAUAAGAAUUUGGGACCUACUGUCACAGCAACAUGUUGAAAGAACUGUACACCGUCUGGAGUACCUUUUUUCCAUGUACACAGAUGAUUACCUCGAUCACUGCAGAAGAGUGCAGACACUAGGGAAACUGGAGGUUCCUAUGGUUUGGGAUGUUGAUCAUGAAAUGAUUCGCUAUAAGAAGGAUUGUAAAGUUGAUGCUCAGGACGAGCAUGAUCUCGUGGAUACAUCAUAUGCUAUGGAAAAUUCAAAAGUUAGCGAAAGCUUCUUGCUGAUGAAAUUCUAUUCAUUAUCUUCUGGAGUGGCACAGCAUUUGCUGACAGCUUCUGAUGGUUCUGAAAUCGAUAUCCCCUUUGAACUGACUGAUGAAGAGAAGGAGAUAAUCCAGUUCCCGCUCACUAGCUUUAUACUUGGGAGGUCAGGCACUGGAAAAACCACUGUAUUGACAAUGAAAUUGAUUCAAAAAGAGCAGCAGUCAUUGAUUGCCUCCCAAGGUCUAAAUUUCAGUGAAGAUGAUUUGUCUGGACUGGAUGACAAAAGUAUGAUGCCACUGAAUGAUGGAAAAGAAAGAUUUAUGAAACAAGUAUUUAUCACUGUAAGCCCAAAGUUGUGUUCAGCCAUCAAGAAUCACAUUUCCGGACUUAAAAAGUUUGGCUCUGGCGAUGUCUCUGAUCAGCCUAGCAUUCUUCACAUGCAUGACGUCAUUGAUGACCAGGAAGAAUUUACAGAAAUACCUGACAAUUUUAGCAAUCUACCUCAUGAGCACUAUCCUCUUACUAUAACAUAUCGAAAGUUCUUGAUGAUGCUUGAUGGAACAUGUCGUACAUCAUUUUUUGAUGUGUUCUAUGCUGAAAUGAACAAUAGCACCGAGAGAGGGCAAUCAAAAUCUCGUGCACUGCAAACAUUUAUUGAAUUGAAGGAAGUCACCUAUGAGAAAUUUGCUGCUACCUAUUGGCCUCAUUUUAAUGCAGACCUAACCAAGAAUCUUGAAGCAUCCAUUGUCUUUACUGAAAUAAUUUCUCAUAUAAAGGGUAGAUAUCAAGCAAGCAGGCCUUAUACCAGCAAGCUUGGAAGACACGAUUAUGUGAUGCUCUCAGAUAAAAGAUUUUCAUCACUGAACAGUGAGAAGAGAGAUAUGAUUUACAGUAUUUUCAUUGCUUACGAGAGUAUGAAACUGACUGCCAGGGAGUUUGACUUGUCAGAUUUUGUCAAUAGUCUUCACAUCAGUCUUAUAUCUGAGGGCUACAAUGGAGAUCUGCUGGAUUUUGUUUACAUAGAUGAGGUGCAGGAUCUAACUAUGACACAAAUAGCACUUCUUAAGUAUGUCUGCAGGAACUUCAAGGAAGGCUUCCUUUUUGCUGGUGACACUGCACAGACUAUAGCAAGGGGUAUCGAUUUCAGGUUUGAAGAUAUCCGUUCGCUUUUCUAUACUGCAUUUCUCUCAGAAACUGAAGCGUCUAAUCAAGGACAUGGAAAACAAGUCCAACUUUCUGAUAUGUUCCAACUUACUCAAAAUUUCCGCACACAUUGUGGCAUCCUUCAUAUGGCACAAAGUAUCAUGAGCCUUUUGUACUUCUUUUUCCCGUCAAGUGUUGACAAACUUAAUCCAGAGACUGGACUUGUAUAUGGCGAAGCUCCUGUGCUGCUGGAGUCUGGUAACGAUGAAAAUGCAAUCAUGACUAUAUUUGGAGAAAUCAAAAGUAAGCGUGGUAACAUGCAUGGGUUUGGUGCUGAGCAAGUCAUAUUAGUUCGUGAUGAUGCUACAAAAAAACAAAUUGUUGAUCUUGUUGGUAAACAGGCUCUUAUUUUGACCAUUGUUGAAUGUAAGGGCCUCGAGUUCCAGGAUGUGCUGUUAUACAACUUUUUCGGCUCAUCGCCUUUAAAAAACAAAUGGAGAGUUCUGUAUGGCUACAUGAAAGAUAAAGAUAUUAUAGCACAAUCUGAGGAGAUAUCUCAUCCGGGUUUCGACAGAAACAAGCAUCAUCUUCUCUGCUCAGAGCUGAAGCAACUCUAUGUUGCAAUCACACGCACUAGACAAAGGCUUUGGAUAUGUGAAAAUACUGAUGAUUACUGUCGACCAAUGUUUGACUAUUGGAAGAAGUUGUGUCUUGUAGAGGUUAGAUUACUUGAUUCUUCUCUCAUUCAAGCAAUGCGGACAGGAAGUAGUACUGAUGAUUGGAAGCUACGGGGAACCAAGUUGUUCAACGAGGGGCAAUUCGAAAUGGCUACAAUGUGUUUUGAAAAGGCUGGUGAUGCAUACAGAGAGAAGUGGGCAAGAGCUGCCGGACUUGUAGCAACUGCUGACCGUGCUAUGGCCACAAAUUUGGAGAAGCGCAAUGCUUCAUUGCAAACAGCAUCAGAAAUCUACGAGUCCAUAGGGAUGCAUGAGAAAGCUGCUGCCUGCUAUAUCAAAUUACAUGACUUCAAAAGAGCAGGUAUGAUCUAUAUGCAAAAAUGUGGUGCUUCCAGGCUUGAGGAUGCUGGUGACUGUUUUGCCAAGGCUGAGUGCUGGUCAGAGGCAGCUGAAGUGUACUUCAGAUCUGAACGUUACACCGACUGUUUCUCGAUGUGCUCGAAAGAAAAGCAAUUAUUCAAUCUUGGCCUGCAGUUCCUUAAACAGUUAGAGGAGGACCAUUUGUUUGAGAAUUCAAAAUUGGAGGUUUCUGCAAUUAGAAAGACGUAUCUUGAGAAUUGUGCUCAGCAUCAUUUUGAGCGCGGUGACAUAAAGCAUAUGAUGCCUUUUGUUAAGGCUUUCAGUUCUAUGGAUCAUGUACGAGCAUUCUUGAACUCUAGGAAUCUUGUUGAUGAACUGUUAAGUUUAGAGAUGGAAAAGGGGAAUUUCCUUGAAGUUGCAGGAAUAGCAAAGCAUAAAGGAGAUGUCUUGCUGGAGGUAGAAAUGCUCGAGAAGGCAGGUUCAUUUGAGGAUGCAACGCAGCUUCUCCUUCUCCAUAUCGUUGUAGAUUCCAUGUGGUCUUCAAAUAGUAGAGGCUGGCCUCCGAAAAAAUAUGCAGAGAAGGAACGGUUGCUUGCAAAAGUCAAAGAAAUGGCGACGAAUGUCUCUGAAUGCUUCUACUUCUUUGCUAGCCUGGAAGCUGAUGCACUGUCAGAUGUGGGCAAGUCCCUUUCCAGAUUAAACUGUACAUUGCUUGAUGGCAGAAAAUGUGGAAACUUGUUUGUUGAAUUUGUUGCUUCCCGUUUGAUUCUUGAUGUUCAUCUUCAGUCUCGAGCAUCUGAAUACAAUUUGGAAUUAGGGCCAGGAUCUGAAGAUGAAAGUAGCUUUAAUGAUAUUGUGGCUCGUAACCAGAUAUCACCCCAUACUCUAGCAUAUGCCUGGAACAACUGGAAGUCAAUCAUAGUCAACGUACUAUCUCAUCUUCGACACACUGAUGGCCCACAAUUAAAUGAUUAUGAAGUUAUGUAUGAAGAUCUUUGUGCUAAAAAUUCUUUGAAGCAAGAUGGUAACAGAUGUUGGCUGGAAGUACUUCAGUUUCAUCCAUGUGCCCAGUCUUUCUUGAUGAAUGAGCUGUCUUCUGUUGGUCUGAGUGUACUUAGAAAGUUGGAGUCCAUCGUUCAAAUUCCUCCGAAGCCGGCAUCUUCAUAUGCCCUGGUGAGAACUAUCCUCACUAUAAAUGAGAUAGCUAAAUUUUUGGAAGAAACAGAGUUCAGCCUGCAGAAAAGUACCACGAAGUUAAGAAGCUUCUCUGCUCUAUGUGUGCGUCACUUCUUUGAGUUAGUUUAUCUUGUGUGGAGAGAUAGGACAACGAGGAGCCUCUUACCUGCUAUACUUGACUCACCAGCUGCCUAUGGUCUGAUUGCUGAUUCCCUUGGUGAAAAUCUUCGGCCAAAAAUUAAAAAAUUGACUUAUGGGCAUCUUGGGAAAACAACCAUGGUACUGCUCCAUGCAGGGCGAUUGGAUGAUGCAUUACUUUCAAGGCUACUACAGUACGUGGACAAUGAUUCUGGGUGGGCAGAUUUUUUUGGAUUUUUGAAGUGCUUUCUUGACACUGGUCUUGAUAGAUCCUCCUUGAUCCUGAACUUUAAGGUUGCUCUGGACUUUACCUUCAAUGGUGUGAGGUGGAGGGAUGAACUGGACUACAUAUCCCCAAUGUGCUAUCUGGGUCUUUUGGAGUUCCUUGGUUUCUUGGCUUCGUCAUACCUUCUACAGAAAGGUCGUAUAUACUGCACAAAAUCUCUGUUGGUCAAUAUGCUGGAGUGCCGUACCAGCAAGCUUUAUCUUGACACCUGCCUGGUAUCUAAUUCGAGCCCAGAUUCCGAUCUUGAUCAUAUGGCAUACCUAUCUGGGCGUUUCAUAUUUCAGAUAAUUAUGGCUAUCUUGACAGACAAGAAUAUGCUGUGGGAGUGGGCACGGAAGACUUCAACACCUAGUAGUUCACCCCCUGAAGUCCUCCUGAGGCUAGUGGUCACACUUUAUCCACUGAUCCUAACUCAUGAUCUGGGGAGUUGCUAUGAGGUCACAAAUACUCUUCUCAAGUGUGGAGUCUUUAUGGAUCUACCUAAGGAGUUCGCUCAGAAGAUUGUACCGGCUUUACAGUUGAGGAAUCGCACACUGAGCAACUUCAUAAGGGCUCUUGCUGGUGCACUUGCCGCAAUUGGAGAUCGUAUGGUAAUUAUGGGUUCACCGAAAGCGAAAGGCCCAGCAAUCUGUCGAAGCAUAGCUCAAACGAUUAACACAGCGGAUUUGUCUGACGUUCCAAAGGUAAUGGCUCUUCUUUGUCCUGAAGAGCCAAGCCCUGUAAAGCAAGAGACUGCACUGCCAGAAAAAUCUGAUGGUAACAAAGUCUGCAACGUUACUGGAAACAUUCCUAAGGUGGUUCAAGAUAAUAAGAUGGAGAGUAAAAGUGAAGCAGAUUUAUGUGAUGAGAGUGAUUCCUUCUGGGAAAAGCUUGAGGCUUUUCAAGCCAGCAAGCAAGGCCAGAAAGAUGCAACCGUUGUCUUUCAAUUGCUUAGAGGCGCCAUUUUGUGGCUUGAGCAAAGAGGCUCUCCAGAAAAAAAUAGUACGGGAUUAUUGCAAGAGGUCAGGCAUGUCUGCAGUGAGGUAGAAAAACAUUGUGCAAGGUUGGAGAAGGCGACUGUGGAGGAUCUAUACUCAGUAUGGCGAGACGGUGAGAGCAAACUGCAGAUGAUCAUCAACUAUAUGUGUGACGAGAGGGCAUCCAUGAAGGAAGACGGCAGAAGGAAUGAAGCCGCAGCCAUUGUCCAGCCACACCAGUCUGAUGGAGCAGAUGAUCGGAAUGGAUGCUCAGAUAAUGAACCUGAAACUGGAGGCAACGAGGUGGAACCGGUCAUGGAAGAGGCAAAAGCUGCAGCCUCAGGCUCACAGAAGGCGGCACCCAAGCAGAAGAACAAGAAGAAAUCCAAGAAAUCUAAAGGCCGCAGGAAGUGA